GUCACGUACGGUGACUGUUGCCUUCCUGUAGUUCAGAAGAGACGCAGCCUUUUAAAUAAAGUCACAUAAACUCAGAUAAACAUGUCUACUGCUAUGAAUUUCGGCUCGAAGAGUUUCAAACCUCGGCCUCCAGAUAAAGGAUCUUUCCCUCUGGAUCAUUUUGGAGAGUGUAAAGCCUUCAAGGAGAAGUUCAUGAAAUGUCUGAGAGACAACAACUUCGACAACUCCCAGUGUCGACUGCAGUCCAAAGACUACCUGGAGUGCCGGAUGGACCGUCAGCUGAUGGCCAAGGAGCCUCUGGAGAAACUGGGAUUCAAGGACCUGAUGGAUGCUCCUCCCAGCCAAGCGGGCACAGAGAAUAAACCCUGACCUGGUUACAGCGACAGCGGCUGACACAGACAUACAAGGAUGGUGUUUCUCUGAACUUAACAUCUCCAACAUUAUGUUGGGGUUAAGAUGAACAUAUUAAAGGCAAAGACUGCUGUGAGAGUGACACUGAGAACAGACUGCAAGAGGACACUGGGGGUUUGCAUUGUGGCCUUAGAUUGAGGUUACAGAAUACAACCUGAUUUUAUCAAUCACUUGUGUACAUAAGAAAAAAAUGUAUAAUAUGUAUAGAGAUGUUGUUUUGGCAUUUCAAUAAAUCCUUUGUA